CCUCUGGUCAGGGGUUCUGUCCCCAUACCCUCAGGCUGCAAUCGCUGUCACAAGGGUCCUGACGUGGUGUCACCCUGGCACCAAACUGUGUGAGGGAAAGGGGGACGAGGGAGUUCAGCUUCCCUCCGCCGGGCAGCGAGGGCUGAAACGUGGCUGCCCUGUCCCUGCCCUCCAUAGCCAGCAGUGCCAGGAGGCUUGGCCGGGGCUACAGGCCGCGGUGGGGAGGAAAGCAAACAGCGACGGCAGCCGUCCCUCAAGCCCCACGGCGGAGCAGAGAACGGAAGCAGAGCUGCCACCACCGCGGCGGCAGCCGGUUGCCCUGGCGAAGGCGACGCUACGCAGCAGCCUCCGCGUGAAGAAAAUGGCGGCGGGCGGCGGCAGCGGGGUUCGGCGGGGCGGGGGCCUGCCAGGGGUGCGGAGACCGCCCGGCGGCCCCCUGCCACCCGCCGCCGCGGGGACCGGCGUGCUGAGCGGCGACUUGCUGACCAAGGAGGAGGAGUACAAGCGACUGAAUGCAGAAUUAGAAGCAAAAACAGAAAAGCUGGUGCGUCAGGCAGAAGAAGUAAUGAAAGGCCAACAGGAGAUGCUGUCUAGACCAGUUUCAGUACAGACUAAGUCAAGUGAAGAAGACAGACAGAGGGGUUCACUCUGUCCCGAAGUUUCAUCUCUUACACACUUACGUGCCAAGCUAACAAGCAAGAAGAAAUGUGCUUCCAUGCCCACGGCUCAGAACAGACCAUACUCUGGAAGUAAGGGAAAAAGAACAACUUCAAGUUCAAAAAUAAGAAAUCUGGAAGUACAAAGUGCUGAUGAUGUUGCAGUACUGGAGGAUUGCAUAGAUUUUUCUUUAGGAAAAACAAUAAGCAAAAUAGAAGAAAAACUAGAGGGAGGAGGCUUACCAGAUUGUCUAGAUGAUGACAUUAUUCCAAGCGUUGGAAGUGAAGUUGGAGCAGAAGUUCAAAUCAGAUUUCUUAAGGCAAAGUUACGUGUUAUGAAGGAAGAGCUGGAUAGCGUAGUGUGUGAAUGCAGGAAAAAGGAUGAUGAAAAUCAGAAUUUAAAAUCACGGCUUAAAGAUACUGAAGAAGAAAACAGCAGACUGCAACGAACAAUCAGUAUGCAACAUUCACAGACGGAAAAGUACAAAACGUUGUCACAAGAAGCAAACAAAAAAAGUGAAGGGUUACAACAAGAGGUCAUUGCACUAGAAAAGGAAUUGGAGAAUCUAAAGCGUGUACAAAAGCAGGCCGCAGCCAGUCAGAGUGCAACAGAGGUUCGCUUAAACAGGGCCCUGGAAGAAGCAGAAAGGUAUAAAAUGGAGCUGAAUAAACUGAAGCAAAGUAACAAGGAUGUAGCUAACCAAGAACUCAAAACAAUUGAAGAAUUGAAAACAGAAAACAAGAAACUACAGAAACAAAAAGGAGAGCUAAUGACAGGUUUUAAAAAGCAGUUAAAAUUAAUUGAUAUUUUAAAGAGACAGAAGAUGCACAUUGAAGCUGCUAAGAUGCUUUCUUUUACUGAAGAGGAAUUCAUGAAAGCUCUUGAGUGGGGAAAUUAUUGAUUCCAUAUAAAACAACUUCCAUUUGAAAUACAAAGCAGAUAGUACAGUAUUUUUGCACUGUGUAUGAAUGCUUGUUAGUAAUAAUAGUUAAUAACUGUGUAUCCCAGUGAAUCGGUUUUGUUGAUUUGCUUAUGUUUAAAUUGUUUAACUGUUACAAGCCUGAUAGCUUGCGUUGUAUAGUAUCACAUGAAAUACAAAUUUCUAGUGAAGUUUCAGGCCAAACUGCCUAUUCUGUAAUGAGCAGAGAAGCACAGACCAUGCAAGGAAUAUUUCAACAAGUGAACUUUGUUAUCAGUGUGGUCUGUUUUAGCAUUUAAAAUGAUACCUUAUCUACAGUAAUAUUCAGUCCAAAGAAGUCAGAGUUUAGUCUCAGGAAAUUCCUUGUUGCAACAGAAAUAAAUUAAA